AGCUCGGCUGGAUGCUGGCUGCUGAUGUUAUUGGGAAGUGCAAUGUUGUACCAUCCGCCAUUGGAAUAAAUACAACCGUGGGAAUAAAGGUGAUUUUGCUCAUCAUCUCCCACCAAUUUCUUCUCCCGUCUUCCAUUCAUGAGCAGCGUGGCUGAGUUUCACAGCGGAGGCCAUGGACGACAAGGUCUCGGUGGGGAAGAUUAGCGUGUCUUCGGACUCGGUGUCCACUCUCAACAGUGAGGACUUUGUCCUCGUGUCCCGGCUGGGGGAUGAGACGCCCUCUUCCACGAAUAACGGUAGUGAUGACGAAAAGACAGGACUGAAGGUGAUUUCUGAGGAAGGGGUCAGCUUUAAGAUUGUGGGGAAUGGAAGUGAGCAGCAGCUCCAGAGGGAGUUAGAGGAUGUCCUCAUGGACCCAUCGGUAGCUGACAUCGGGCUCAGAUCAGAAAAGGGAAUGGACGGCGUUUGUGGGGGCGACCGUGGCCCACUUGCCACGACGUCGUCGCCUGUACCGCCGGGCUCUGACCCGCUGAGUGCACAGCCACCCAAGUUGGAGAUGGUGCUUCCCGUUCAGACAGCUCAGGAGAGUGAACUGAACGAGAGGUCGUACCGAGCAGAUGAAUCCUCAUCAGAUGGCAGUCCCGGCAGUCCCAUCCUAGAUGAGGAUAGCGUUGUGUUCAGCCAGCUGACAUACCUUGGGUGUGCCUCAGUCAACGCCCCCCGGAGUGAGCUUGAGGCCCUCCGUAUGAUGAGUAUCCUCAGAGGGCAGUGCCAGCUCCCCCUCGAUGUCACACUAUCUGUGCCAGGUGUGUCCGAAGGCACUGUCAGGUUGCUGGACCCCAACGCCAGCACGGAGAUCGCCAACUACCCUAUCUACAAGAUUCUGUUCUGUGUGCGAGGCCAUGAUGGUACACCAGAGAGCGACUGCUUUGCCUUCACUGAGAGCCACUACAAUGCAGAAAUCUUCAGGAUCCAUGUGUUCCGCUGCCAAAUCCAAGAAGCGGUGAGUAGGAUACUGUACAGUUUUGCCACAGCGUUCCGGCGGUCCGCGAAGAAGACAGUUCUGUCAUGUCAGCAGCCUGCACCGCACACCCCCGACACUGACUUGUUUACCUUCACUGUCAGUCUGGAAAUCAGGGAGGAUGAUGGCAAGGGCACCUUCAGUGCUGUAGCAAAAGACAAAGACAAGCAGAGUUUCAAGCUGCGUGCAGGAAUGGACAAGAAAAUUUUUAUUUACAUCCUGCAGACCUCCAAUAAGGAACUGGCUAUUGAGAGGUGUUUCGGUCUCCUGCUCAGCCCGGGGAAAAAUGUGAAGAACAGCGACAUGCACCUGCUAGACCUGGAGUCGAUGGGAAAGAGUUCCGAUGGGAAGUCUUACAUCAUCACAGGAAGUUGGAACCCAAACACGCCUCAGUUCCAGCCUGUGAAUGAGGAAACGCCCAAAGACAAAUUCAUGUACGUGACGACAGCAGUGGACCUGGUGAUCACAGAGGUGGAGGAGCCGGUCCGUUUUCUGCUGGAGACGAGGGUCAGAGUCUGCUCCCCAAAUGACCGGCUGUUCUGGCCCUUCAGCAAGCGCAACUACACCGAGACCUUCUACCUUAAACUGCGACAGAUGGAGCGUAAGGAGCGAAAGAAUCCUGCCUCUGACACACUUUAUGAGGUGGUGAGUUUGGAAAGUGAGACUGAGAGGGAGAAACGGAAGACCACAGCUAGUCCCGACAUAAUGCCCACCGGGACUGGUACCACGGCCCCUUCACCACCUGAGGAUGAUGAAGAGGAAGAUAAUGACGAGCCGUUACUCAGCGGGUCAGGUGAUGUUUCCAAGGAGUGUGCCGAGAAGAUCCUGGAGACCUGGGGGGACUUGUUAACCAAGUGGCAUAUGAACUUGUCAGUGCGUCCCAGGCAGCUGCCAGCUUUGGUGCGCAGUGGCAUUCCCGAGGCUCUCCGUGGGGAGGUGUGGCAGCUCCUGGCAGGCUGCCAUAACAAUGACCACCAGGUAGAAGAGUACCGCACACUCAUUACAAAGGAGAGCCCUCAAGACAGUGCCAUUACCAGGGACAUUAACAGGACAUUCCCGGCUCACGACUACUUCAAAGACACCGGAGGAGAUGGACAAGACUCCCUCUACAAGAUCUGCAAGGCUUACUCUGUUUACGAUGAGGAGAUUGGCUACUGCCAGGGACAAUCCUUCCUGGCUGCUGUGCUGUUGCUGCAUAUGCCGGAGGAGCAAGCUUUCAGCGUGCUGGUCAAGAUCAUGUUUGAUUACGGGCUCAGGGACCUUUUCAAACAGAACUUUGAAGAUCUGCAUUGCAAGUUCUUCCAACUUGAGAGGCUCAUGCAGGAAUAUAUACCAGACCUGUACAACCAUUUCCUGAAUGUGGGUCUGGAGGCUCAUAUGUAUGCCUCUCAGUGGUUCCUCACUCUGUUCACAGCCAAGUUCCCUCUUUACAUGGUCUUCCAUAUCAUUGAUCUGCUACUGUGUGAGGGCAUCAGUGUGAUCUUCAAUGUGGCCUUGGCAUUGCUGAAGACAUCAAAAGACGAUCUGAUCCAAACGGACUUCGAAGGUGCACUCAAAUUCUUUCGUGUCCCGGUUCCGAAAAGGUACCGCUCUGAGGAAAACGCAAAGAAACUGAUGGAGCUGGCCUGUAGCAUUAAGAUCAGCCAGAAAAAGCUGAAGAAAUUUGAAAAGGAGUACCACACCUUGAGAGAGCAACAGGAACAACAGGAGCCCCCCAUCGAGAGAUACGAGCGGGAGAACCGUCGUUUGCAAGAGGCUAACAUGCGCUUGGAGCAGGAGAACGACGACCUGGCUCAUGAACUCGUCGGCAGCAAGAUCGCCCUGCGCAAAGACCUCGACAACGCGGAGGAGAAGGCGGACGCCCUGAAUAAGGAGCUGCUGCUGACCAAACAGAAAUUGGUGGACUCAGAGGACGAGAAGAGACGCCUGGAAGAAGAAUCGGCUCAGCUGAAGGAGAUGUGCAGGCGAGAGCUUGAUAAGUCUGAAUCUGAGAUAAAGAAGAACGGCUCGAUUAUUGGAGAAUAUAAACAGAUCUGCACCCAGCUGAGUGAACGACUGGAGAAACAGCAGACGGCCAACCGAGGGGAACUGGAGAAGAUCCGGUCCAAAGUUGGCGGCUGUGAGAAGUGCAGAAGCCUUUUCAACAAGGAAGGUCGCGUGCGGGCGGCGGCGACGACCUCGGCCGGAGGGGCUGAGACCGAUGAGGAGAAGGAGGACCUGAAGAACCAGCUGAGAGAGAUGGAGCUGGAACUCGCUCAGACCAAACUGCAGCUGGUGGAGGCGGAGUGCAAAAUCCAGGACCUCGAGCACCACCUGGGUCUGGCCUUCAACGAAGUGCAGGCGGCCAAGAAGACCUGGUUCAACCGGACGCUCAGCUCCAUCAAGACCGUCACUGGGACCAAGGAGACCACCUAACCCGAGAAGCCCAGUCCGGUUCUACCGAGACCAAGUCUGCAACCUCUCGACGCCUAACUUCACCCGCCGGGCCACGACUUCAACAUUCACCCCGGAGUCACAGAAUUCCCGUGUUAUUUGUUCCCUCUUAUCCAGAAGAAGUCCUUCCCGGUUCCCACCGCUCCCACUGACCGGACACCCCCACCCAUUUAUUCUCCUCUCCACCCACGGGUGACGCCAGCCGAGUGUGCUGACGCGGAGGGGUUACAAAACCGUGACACGAAGUACAACGCGACCCACUUUCCCCCAGAGACGCAGCGAGCUUCCAGCGGUCACGGAAAGAAAAGUAUCAAAAAAGAAGAAAAAGAAGAUGCGCUCCAUUUAUUUCUGUCUUUGAACUGCUGAUCUUAACGACCCGCAGAAGGAGGGUGGGACAUCUGACCCGGUACCGUCCUGACGGGAGAGAGAAUCAAACACCCGGUGCUCCCGUACGGGUCUGCGUGCCGCCCUCUCCACGACAAGACAACCAGUCCUGCUAAGUCCUGGUUUUAGGUACGAGAGCUAACAGACACCUUUUCUAAUUUACCUUGAGCAAGGCUUUCCUUUUUCUGUGUGUACAUGAAUGUGUGUGUGUGUGUGUGUGUGUGUGUGUGUGUGUGUGUAAGCACGCAUGCUUUUGUGUUUGGUGUAGACUGUUCAUGUGUGUGAGAUUGUAAAAAAUGUGUUUGAAUGCAUAAAUAAUUGACUGAAAUGAUGUUACAUUGUGAGUAAAACAGCAAGUCGGACAGCGUGUGGAAGUCCACGGGAAAGAAAAAAGCACUAAGUGUGUGUGUGUGUGUGUGUGUUUGUAUGUGUGUGUGUUUGUAUGUAAGGGGAACACUGUUUCCUUGGCUGUCCUUUAACGUUGAAAUGUGCGUCUGAAAGAUGCUCCAGGAACGUUUGUUGACAAAGCCUUCAUCUGAAGGUCGAUGAAGACGAGUGGAUAUGAAUAAAUAAUUUUCAGUAAGGACGGAAACAUGAAAGCUGUUGUAAAUGUCAACAGCAGCAGAACUUUCCCCACAUACGUGGGACACCAAACACGCUCGGGGCGGGUUUGGUUUUGAUGACCCAGCACCGAACCGCUCAAACCUCUGCAUGCGUACGUCAGAACAUCUGGAUGGAGGCAAGAACUCUGAAACCCGAGGGCUGCGGCGCUCGUUACACAACCUACGCCACUCGGAAUGUUAAGGAUAUACGUUUAAAUUCCUGCUGCACUUGAACACACCUUUAAAAAAAAGAAACUCCCUCCUCUGGUGUUAGCUGCUCUGUGACCUUUGACCUUGAGUGACGGGUGGCAGGCCGUGUUUUUAUUUAUCACACUUAAGUUUUGGAUCUCUUUAACCACUACGCGUAUGAAAACAAUGACACUGUUUAUUUGACAACAAUCCUUGUCGCUUUAUAGUACAGAUAUUAAAAAGGGCGACAUGUUGGAUCUGAAAGAGUUUUUUUUUUUUUUUCACAACUAACAGGACGGCCGCGUGGACGGGUUGAGGUUGAGGUUGAGGUAAACUGAGAGAGACGAGGAGGCGUGUUUAACGGUCAGGAGGAGGUCCUGGUGUCUCCUGAUGGAGCCGGUUACAGAAGCGUGUGUUUAUUCCGGGUCCGGGAACUCGUCUCUGCAGCAGAACCUUUGGGACGAGGCGGAACGGGAGAACCACGGGAGAAAGAGUGCUUGCGUGUAUGUGUGUUUUUGUUGUCUUCAUAUAUAACUGACUAGAAAGGGAUCUCGACCAUAUUUAAAUUUCUAUUCAUAUUUGUACGGCUCCGAUUCGACUGAAGAAAGAAGAAACUGCGCUUCUCUUUUCUGUUGCCGGCCUCAAACCAACAGCUGCUGUAAAUAGCAUCUAACUUGAAGGAGGAAUCUGAUUGGCUGACCACUCUCCUCGCGAUGUCAGAAAGUCCAGAUGAAGAAUCAGAGGGCCGUCCCUCUAAAGGCACUGGGUUGUACAUAACAAACAUUAAAACAAAUGAAUAUUGGGUUUUUGUUUAUGAUUUUCUACUGUGACUAACUAAUGUACCUACACACUGCUGUCGUGCUAUUAAUCCACAAUGUUUUAUGUUUUUAAUGUUUAUAUUGCUCAAAGCUUCUCAGUCAGACUGCUGUGUGGUUAAUAACGGCCAAAGCGUAGCGUUAUCAACAACAAAACAUUAUCAACGUGUGGGAAAUGUUCAAGUGGAGGAUGCAUUGUGUAUACUUCAUGAAUUUCAAUAUAAAGGUAUCAACACUA